AUGAUAGUAGCUGGGUGGACUAUUGGAUACAAGCUUGAUUGUUUAAAGUUGGAUUCAUCUAGUCGGGGGACUAGCCAAUCUUGUGGGGACCGCCAGGUUCUUAAAACUCCGGCGGUGGAUAGCUAUAUCACACCCACCAAUUCCAUUGCAUUGCCAUCAGCAGCCCUAUCUAUAGUUCCUUUUCCGGAUGGGUGGAGUCGCCGGAUGAAUUUUGGGAUAGAUAAUAAGAAUUACUCUCUGAAAAUGUUCGAUGUUUCUGAGGACUUCUUUGGCGAUCGAGGAGUCACCGGAUGA